AUGGCGGCUACCUUCAACAACUACCAGGAGCUGGUAGACAAGGCCACCAUACUUGAAGGCAAACAGCAGAAGAUUGAUAGCCGCAAGCGGAAGUAUGGCCAGGGGAAGUACAACUCUGGAGCUCAGCAGAAGCCCCGUUAUGCCCCAUACUCGGGAGGGCAUACCCAUCACACCCAUGGAGGACAUAAUCAUGGAGGACAUAACCAUGGAGGGAAUGGGAACAACCGCAACCACGACAACAAGUCAAGCAAUGGAAACGGCAAUGGCAACCAGCAUAGUCCUGCCCCGGCUCAGAAGGAUCUGAGUCACAUCACCUGUUUCAAGUGCCAAAAAACAGGGCACUAUGCCACCAACUGCCUGGAGGCCAAGCAGAGGAAUGGAAACGGCAAUUUCAUGAGUUUGUCGUAG